GUAUAUUUUCAACAAAACAAAGUGGCCAGCGGCAGCACACAACAGAUACUGGUCACCACACACUCCAUAUGCUAGACAGAACGGAGGCAGCUUCACCUUCAUUGUGGAGAGAGAGCGUCCAUCCCACAGGACCUGUCUUUCUGGAUGAAUCUUUUUGAGGAAGCGAAGACUUGGGGUCUGAUAUUGUACGAGCAGGACUGGCUGGACCGCGAGUUCACGGGAGUGCACGCGGCGCUGACCUCAGUGGACGUGGCCAGGACGUGGCUGAUGCAGAUGGGGGAGGCAGCGCGUGCCGUGGACCUGACCAUCCAGUACUGCAUGUCCUACCCCAGACACGCCCUGCAGACCCUGGAGAUCCCUGUUGUCACACAGGCCCGAGUGAGUGAGGAUUAUCGUGCAGGCGGCGAUCAGUGGAUUAUCGGUGUGUCCUCCAUCUUUGCACACGCUUUGGGAAUCGCGCCGUUUAAAGACACUUUCUGGACUGGCGAGAUUCAGCCUGGCAACACCUACAAUUUGUCGGAGACCCACGGUGAACUACAGGCAGCUGUAGCCACCCUGAGUACAGGGCCUGUGGGGCCGGGUGACAAGAUUAAUCACACACUAGUGUCUGUGCUCAUGCAGUGCUGUCGUGCUGACGGGAAAAUCCUACAGCCAGAUAAGCCCGCCACAGCCAUCGACAAGCAGAUCUGGGAGGCAGCGUGGUCGGGAAGUGGGCCUAUGGGCCAGGUGUGGACCACCUACUCCACGAUCGGAGCUUCGGAUACCUUCGGUAUCAUCCUAGCAGCGGCCAUGAGAAACAACUACAAGCUGACACCCUCGGACGCGGGGUUCGAUUUCUUCGAUCCCAAGGUGGUGAUGACCCGCAAUGCCAGUCACGGUGCUCCAGUGCUGUCUGCCUUCUCCAGUGCCUCACCUGUCAGUAUCAGCACUCAGUGUGGACGACAACACUUCUGUCUGUACUACACCAGCCCGCGCUACAGCCUGGGGGGGUCUGUCGAGGUCGUCAUCUACGGCGAAGAGGGCAAGUUCGUGCCCAUGUCACGUGACCGCGUGUUGGACAUCAACGUCCUGUCCGACAGCAUCGAGCUGGUGCUGGAGGGCGCCGUGGGCGAGGUCGUGACCUUUGGCUAUUUCUGGAACAACGUCUACUGCAAAGUGGUCGUCGUCAUCGGACCGGAAGGAAAAGCUGUCGCAAGACUGACGCGGGAUGGCUGUGCGGCACACUAGAACUUUGUUUCUGUUUACUUUUAUCUUGAGUCAUGUCGAGCCACUCUAUACAAUGAGAUACAGACUAUCAGGACGAAAGGAGCUCGGUGAUGCUGAUGUAGCAGCCCUCGCCCAGUCAGUCACUCGGUGGUCAGUAUGACCAGCUGCUCCUUUAUUAAGCAGACGACACAUGUAUGAGAAUAUUUGGCAGACACCAGGGUAACUGAAUAAAACAGGACACAGCACGUGUGGCCUCAUUAGCGCCUAGUUAUUUGUGUUUAUUUUAGUAUUUUGCUUAGAACUCAAUUUUACUCGGGAAGUGUGCUCAGACAGAAAUAAAACAAGAAACAAAC